AUGGAGUCGAAUCAUGCAACCGACCUGUUGCAAGUCGGCCCGUACGCGGCGUCCACCAAGGCGCGCAUCGCCGGAGAACGCGGGCAUUUGUCGAACGAGGCGCUGGCCCGGUUCAUCCGCGAGGAUCUCGGGGCCUCCGUCGAAUGCCUGGUGCUGGCGCACCUCAGCCGGGUCAACAAUUUGCCGGAGCUCGCCGCGCUGACCUGCCGGGAUGCCCUGGAGGCGUCCGGCCGGUCCGAUGUCCGGGUCGUCGUGUCCCACCAGGAUCGCGUGACCGAGACGGUGCGUCUCGAUGUCCGGCCGGCGCGCUUCGGUUCCGACCUCUCCCCGGGGCGCCAGAUCGCCCUGCCGCUUCAGGUGUCCACAACGUCAUGA